GUUUGACGCUGGGGUUUCCGGGACUUGUGCUUUGCAGUUUCCUUCCCGAGCCGAGGGGAAAUUCAGCCUGGGUAAGCUGAGGUCAGAAGUGACUGUCAAAAUGGAAGUGAAUCCACCGAAACAGGAGCACCUGCUGGCGCUAAAAGGUCCUGUUUCUUCUGAUUUGACAAGACAGACAAUUUUGUAAAUAAUAAAUUACAUUCUAGCUCUGAAGAAUUCAGCUAAGAAGUUUUCUCUUCAUUAAGAGUUAAUGAAUUACCACAGAAUGACUACUGAAGUAAUACUACAUUAUCGACCAUAUGAAAACGAUCCCACCCAGCUGGCAAAAAUUGCAGAGAAGGCAAUUCAAGACUUUCCUACUCAUCCACCGUCAAGGUUUGUCCCUUGGUUUCCGCAAGAUGGGUCCAGACUUCCACUCAAGCCUAAAAGAUUACCACCAGUCCUUUCUGGAGAGGCUGCUGAGAAUGUAAAACAGUGUGUAACCAUUUCAGAACCUAGUGGUAGAUCACAGAGCUAUGACUGCACAGUAGAUCUUUUGGAGUUCCAACCUAGUUCGAAAAAACAGCACUUAAUCCAGUCACACACCCGGCAUGAGCAGACUGAAUCUGGAAAUAUGGCGAAAACUUCAGGAGAAGAAAAACAGCACAAGAAAAGAUCCUGGAGUGUCUCGCUGGCCAUGAAACGUUGUCCAGAAAAGGUUUUUCCUUUGUCUACAAAGCUGCAAGCUCAUUUAAAGACACUACAUUUGCAGUCUCUUCAUAGAGCCAGGUGGACGUUAGAGGACAGUGUUUUCAACAGCCAGACUCUGGAAGACAUUUGGACAAAGGUCAAUCGCCUCAUCAAGCACAAUGAACUCCCUUCUUGUAAUGCAACCAUCCAGAGACAGUUAGGCGAAAUCUGGGUGUUCUGUGAUAUUAUGUACUGCGAAUAUGUAGGAAAUCUUCUGAAAGAAAGAUUAUCUCUUAUUGGGAUAAUUAAUUUAUUUGUACAUAAAUAUGGUGUCAUUUUUAGUAUGUAAUGAACUCUGAUUAUCAGAAAAAAUAGUCUA